AUGAAUUCAAAACAUUACAGCUGGCCAGACAAAAGGAUAUUUCAACUCAUAGAUAUUAAACCGCCCCCGCGACUGGCUUACUGCGACCUAUCCAAUAAUGGCUGGACACUUAUCGCGCGAUUUUCAAAUGGUGAUGCUAAACAUUGGAUUACAAAUGGUUCCUUUUGGUAUGACAAAAACACACCGUAUGGAGAGUUUAACGAUCCCACAAACAACACGGAUAUGAUUUCGUCCGCUUUCUGGAAAGUGAAAGGCAAAGAAUUUCGGGUGACAAGGAAUGACGAUUCCAGCCACACGCCAUUAUUACAAACGACGACCAGCUGCCUUCAAGGCCUGUCGUUUAGAUCUAAAAUCACCAGUUACGGAAAUUUCGAUGGCAAAGAAUGGGCAAAAAACGAAUGUCGUGGAACAUGCGAAGUUGUUUACAGUGGUCAAUAUAAAACAACUGUAGGAUUUGGAAAACAUAAUUGCAACAGUAAUCUUCAGAGCAACAACUAUAUUGGUUUUUGGUGUUAUUGGAAUUAUGACGGCGCUGUGAUGAUGAUCGGUGGUGGAGGCGAUGAUUGCGACAGAGCAGAUCAUGGUAUUGGUAUUACAGAAAGUAAUUCAGCCUCGUUUGGAGGUAAAGAAGAUCAUUUCGACUUCGGCGAAAUAGAUAAAUACCUUCCCAGCGUGCCCACCACGUAUUCACUUAACCUUUGGGUUCGCUAA